AUGGUAAAAGAACUCAAGAGGAAACAUAGGUUGGAUAUGUUAGGUUUGGUAGAGACUAAAAGACAGCUAGUGACAAGGUUUGAUGUAUCAAAAAUUUGGGGGAGUGGAAGCGCAGGAUGGGAAUAUGUGGAGUCUGAUGGUGCCUCUGGUGUCUUGUUAUUGAUGUGGGAUGAUGGUUUCUUUAAAAUGCGAAAUUGCUAUAAAGGUGAGCGAUGGCUGUGUGUUGAAGGGGUACUGUCAGAGAAGUCUGUUAACUGUGCGUUUUUCUUGGUUUAUGGGGCUCACACGAGAGAUGAGAAAUGUGUUGUGUGGGAGGAGCUGAGUUACAUGGCUGGCUUAUGUCCAGGCGCCUGUUGUUUUCUGGGGGAUUUUAAUGAGAUUGGACAAGUGGAAGAAAGGCGAGGUCUAGAAAGCUUACCUCUGUCGGCACAGGACUAUAAGGAUUGGGUACAUGACAUGGGUUUGGUGAACUUGCCAAUCUCAGAUCGGUUUCUAAGGAUGGUUAAGGAGGAAUGGAGAGGGCUGGGAGAGAUACAAUUCACCGAUAAACUGAAGGCGUUGACGGUUCCUUUGGGGAGAUUGCACAGAGACAACUUUGGUGAUAUGGACAGGAAAAUUUUGAAGUUUGAGGAAGAGAUUCAGAAGAUUGAUGACAUGGUUGGCAAUGGGAACUAUGAUGAGACAGUGGAAGCAAGAAGGAAGGCGUUAGUUAAGUGCUGUGAGAAAUGGUAUGUGAGGAAAGAAUUACAUUGGAAGCAGAUGUCAAGGUCGAGGCUUGCAAGGGACAUGGAUAAAAAUACGAGAUACUUUCAUAACUUAGCUUCGGCAAGACAGCGAAAUAACAGGAUUGAUACACUGGCUAUUAAUGGAAGAUUGAUAAGGAAUCAAGCUAGGAUUAAAAUUUCCAUCAGGGAGUUUUACAAAGAAUUAUAUCAUCAAGAGAGGUCCCCUGAGGUGGGAUUCAGAGAUGGUCUGGUGGAAAGGAUCAGCAAGGAGGAUUCUCUUGCACUAGAGGUGCUACCGUCACCUGAGGAGAUUAAAGAGGCAGUGUGGGAUUGUGAAUCGUCCAAGGCCCCAGGAUGUGACGGUUACAACAUGAACUUCAUAAAGAAGUGUUGGAAUGAUAUAGGAUCGGACUUCACGGCAGCGGUGUUGGGUUUCUUCCAAUCUUCAAGGUUGCCGCCUGAUGCUAAUGUCACAUGGGUGGCGCUGGCCCCAAGUUUUCUGGUGCUAAGGAAAUCAAAGAUUUGCGUCCGAUUAGCAUGGUGGGGUGUGUAUAUAAGGUAA